UUAAUUCUUGAAGUGUCCAACGUGUGCAAUUAACUCGACAAAAGUACUUGGGCAAAGUGUCCGGGGGUCUGGGGCAUUUCAAUAUAAUAAUAAUGGUUCUGUACUCACUCAGUAAGCUGAUUCAUCUCCGGCAGGGAAAACACCUGCAGAUGUAGAUGUACACACCCAGUGAAACUCGGACAGACCACAAUGUUUGAGAUGCAGUAUAUCACCUCUCGAGUCCACCGAUUUUUGCAUAAAUUCUUUUACAUACAUCACGAUUACGACGAGUACUCGAUCUGGAACUUUUGCCCGAUGACCAUCUGGAAAGAGUUCACAUCCAUGCUCCAAUCCUGCUGCUUUUGCCGAACCUGGCUAUUCCCAAUGGUUUACUGGCUGGUGGUGCUCAUCAGUCUCUAUGGAGCUGGGGUCAAUUGCUAUAAGAUGAUGAAAAUGUGGAAGGACCCCUGUGGCAAGUUCACCGUGUGGCGUCAACGGCACUUCUACGUAAUGGAUCAAUUGGUGCUACGCAAGGUCCGUCUUGUAAGCUCCAGUAUCUACCAGAUCGCAUGGUUCAUGCUCGUCUACGGCAUUAUAAUGGUGUCCCCCAACGCAAUGGCUCCCUGGAUUCUGGUGACCAGCCUCGUCCUGUCCGUGGAGGUGUUCAUAUGGUUCUUGGAGGUGAUCACCGGCAUACUGCCGAUUAACCCGCAGACGGUGCUGUCACUGGUUUUGCACGUGUACUUUUUGGGUAUGGUGUGCUGCGUGAAAAGCGUGUUCGAGGUGGCGCUCGCUGAGCAGGCCGACUACUGGCUGCGGAUCAUUUGAGGACGGGUCGCCGCCGAAUGUCAUCAUUAAGUAAAGGUGCAGGGCCGGCAUAAUUGCAUCUGAACCUGCAUUAAGCCCAAUUAAGUUGGCGGCGGCACGCACACCAACUCGCCCCUAAUCAGUGUUGGCGAUACCCUUUACAUUCCCGUUGCCUUUCCGAAUACUCUUUCUUUCCAAAAACAAGAAAUCAUUAAGCUUUGCCUCAUAUUUUUGUAAAUGUUUCAUAGCUUUUUAUAUUCAAAAUUCUUUAUUGGAUCUUAAUCAAAUGUAUAAAUUAAUAAAGUGUAGUAUUAUUUGAAGCCAGUACAUAAGCCACAUAUUUUUUUUGAGUACAUAAGAAAAGGGUUAUAAUAUAUAUAACAUAUAAAAAGAGAAGUAUAUUAAUUUUAAUAGAAUAUCAUGCGAUAAUACAAUAAAUGAGUAUAUAUUUUAUUUGAAUAUUCCGUUUUUUUAUUAAGAUCUCUGGAAUUAUAUUACCAAACUAUAUCACCAACCUCUUUGACUUUGGGACACAACCCCGAUUUGGGAGAGGGCACAAUAUUAAUUCGCCUUUAUUUCAACACUGUUAACUUCAUCGAUCGGCGAAUUGCACCUGUUGCAACCCCAGCCUUAACCCCUCCACGUCUUAACCCCUUGUCUGCGAACCUCUCGCAAGCUGCAAGCCACCGAAAUCUAUACAUAAUUAAAAUGAAAAAAAGGAAAAAGCACGCACAAGGAGGGCAGUGCGUUGAAAGUUUAACGAGAUGGUUUGGUCUUAUAUCCUCGUCCGUCCAGACCAGUUAUGUGACAUCCGAACCCCUAAAAAAAAGAAGGUAUAUAAAAAAAUACAUAUAAAGGAAAAAAAGUUACAGCUGGCCCCUGGGCGACGCCUUCGAAUGCAUCUGUCCGCCAAAGAAAGAAAUCUG